AAAGACAUUGAACAGUUUCUGUGUGCUUGGAUAGUUUGACCACAUGUCAUUUGCCUUAUUUAUAUGCUUCUAUUACUGUAACAGCUAUGGUUUUAAAUGAAACACAUGCGAUCUGGGAAAUACUAAAACCUAUUGAUUUUGAGGAGCUCAUCCUGGCAUUCUGCUUGUCGAUACUGAUGGGUCUGCUCAUCGGGAUUUUGAUUUUCCUCCUCCUAACAUGGAUGUCGCGCCGCAGAGCUUCGGUCAAGAUCAGCAGACGUCAAAACCAGCGGUCCGAUUCUAAAAGCUCUCGUAAUCAGCACUGCCAGCUCAGCCACUACAAAAGUCAUGGUGAAGGUGUGAGUAGAGCCAUUUUAAACCUCCACAGACAGACGUCCGUAGACCCGAACGAACUGCUGGGUCGAAGCCCCAGUUUCCAAAACUCCACUUUUCGGCCACCACUGAAAAAGACUAACAAGACCAGUGAUGAAGCAGAUGAUGAUAACCAGGCUGCAUUAAUUCCUAACAUCUCAGAUCCCUUUAGUACAGUCCCAGCAGAGUCCUUUUGGCUGGGAAAGGGCAGUCUAAGAGGCUUUCUACCCAGACAGACUCCACCACCUGCAUAUGACAGUGUCAUUCACAUCUUUCAAGAGUCACGUAUACCUAAGUGCACUGUGACUGAUUGCACAAACUGACAACAGAGACUAAGGCCUUGCAAAGAAUUGUAAAUCACUAAAUAUGACUUUAAUCUAAAAGACUGGAGCAAAAAGGAUAACUGGAGUCUUCACAGCACUCUGCUUUUUCCUGCUCUGUCUAUUAUUUGCAGAAUUGACAUGCAAUUAUGUGAGAAGUCGGAAUUGCAAAACUAACCAUGAUUGAAUAUAACCUUGUGAACAAAACAAUUUGUGUGCCACAUAAUAAAUAUCAGAUAUUUUAAGCCAUCUUAAGCUUUACAUUCUUUAGCCAGUGUUAGUUUGGGAAGUUGAAAUUAAAGGACAAACAAUAAAGGAAAAAUCAAUAGCA